AUGGAUGUUCGUGACGAACGUGAACCAGGUGAAUGUUCACGUACGCCAUCACCGAGAUCAGAGGUUACCCGUGUAGGCAUCAAAAGAACGCCCAAAAGGAAGACGCAUAGGUAUGAAAAUGCAAAAUUUCGAAAGGAUGAAUCCGUGAUUGAGCUAGUGGAUUUGGUGGAAGUGGACCAUGAUGAAGAUAUCGAAGUACUGCAGGUGUCUGAUGAGGGCGAAGAUAGCGACGUUGGUGAAUUAUUCGUUCUGGAUACUGAAGGGGCGGAAAUUAUUGAGGUGGAAGAAGUGAAAAAAAACCUUGUUGUGUCCCCAACAUCAGAACAUGGUUUGAAAAAGGAGGAGCGUUACGUUACACAAAAAACUUCGAGGACAAAAGGAAAGGACGACGUUUUCGAUGUGACCAAAAUUUUAACGAAUGAUGCCAUACUUCCAUCGCCAUCAGAAGAGAAAAAAGAAAGCACGUUCAAAAUAAGUUGCUUCAACUGUGGUGGUGAGCAUACCCUGCAACAAUGUGAUAUUCCUUUAAAUCAGCGGAGGAUCUCUGCCAAUCGUGCUGCUCAUUAUAGUAAUAAACGUUCAAUACAGGAACGUUAUACUACAGCAGGUGAUACUGAAUCACCAGGCACGUCUAAUAUGAGGCCUGGGGAAAUCAGUGAUACACUGCGUGAAGCUUUGGGUAUAGGUCCGAAUGACAUUCCAGAAUGGAUUUAUCGAAUGCGUCGAAGAGGCUUCAUUGAUGGCUAUCCACCAGGAUAUUUGGCGGAGGCCCUUGAUCAAAGUUCUGGUGAGGACUCAUUGUUGGAAUUUCACACCGAUGAUAAGACAUUGGGAACUCCAGUUAUUAUGCGAGAAAAAGAUAAGAAACGGAAACGACUUACGGUUUCUGCCGAUAAAGUGAUUGCCUAUCCCGGUUUUAACUACUAUAAACGAUGUCUUAGAGAUCGCGAACGUUUUCGAGUACCUAGAUUUGAUGAAUACGUCCGGUAUCUUCAAGAAUAUGCCAAGGAAAGACAUGCGCAGCAAUUGCUUGACGAUAGCUAUGAAAGAAAUAGGAAACGAGGACAUUAUAAGAAUGAGCACAAAAAUGAUCGUAAACGAUCAAGAAAUGACUCGGAUGAUAGCGUUGUUUUGCUUAGUGAUGAACUAGACGAAAGUGUGGAAAUGUCUACGCGAUCAUUAGAGGAGACUGUGUUAGAACAAAAUAUGGAACAUAAUACAUCGAUUGCUGAUCAUGAGACUUCGACAUCUUAUGUGGAAUUUGGAUCGCCAUCAGUUGGUAGCAGCGGUGGUAAAACUUCGUUUGGAACGCCCGUAGCUUGUCGUUUGGAACAUGAUAAAAAAAAGCCAAGUUUGGAGAAAUUCCGGGAUGGCGUUGUACCGUUUGAAGCUGUCGAAGAAAGUACCGGGAAUCGCGUUGCUAUUUAUCGAAAAAUGAAUUGA